AUGAAUUACAAAAAUAAAAUGUUUAAAGUGCAUCAAUACCCAUUAAUACAAAUUACAAUCGAUUUAGGAUAAAAUAAAUCAGAUUAAUUAAUUCUAUAUAGACAUACAGAUCCUUAUUAAGAAGCAUCUGCUUUUGUUUAAAGAAAUAAUCUAUAGCCUAAAAUGAUAUAAACAAUCUCUAAUAGCAUAAUUAAAUAAAUGAAAGCAUAUGAUGAAAUGAUGAUAAUCACGUAUGUAACUUAUUCAAUUAUUUAAGGACACACAAUAAGAAACUAAUUAUUUAAGGAAUUUAAAAUAAAAUCAUCUAGAAUUAUAACAAAAAUUAAAAUCUCCAAGUCCUAAUAAAUUGAAAUCAAGUACAUAAAACUUAAAGAUGUCAAAAUCAACUUCUAAACCUUAAGUUCAUGAUGAUCUACCAACUGAUAAAGUUGUAAUAAAGAAACUUUUUAAACUUUUAGAUGGAGAUUAAGAUGGAUUGAUAUCAAUCUAAAGAAUCAAUUUCUACAAUAUUCCUAUUUAAAUAUAAAAUAAAGUAUAUUUAUAAUUAGAUAUAUAUAAGGUUUAAAAUAAAAUUGAGAAUUCAUCAAUACCAUUAGAAUUUGAAGAUUUUUACUUAAAAUUGAAAGAAGAUCCUUAAGAUGAAUAUUAUUAAACUUUGAAAUUAGUUAGUUAGAUAUUUAGCAUACCUAGAAUUAAAGUGUUAAUAUGA